AUGUUAUCAGCGCCACAUGGCAACGUCAACCACGGAGCUCCUCCGAAUCAUCCCUCCGACUUGAUCGAUCACUUCAGUGCCAUCAACAAGAUGUCUCUCCGUCAGGUCAGCAUUGCCACCACCGUCGGCCUCCUCGCCACCGGCGCGUCAGCCAAGACUAUCACGGUCGAGGUCGGCAAGGGAAGCCUUACCUACAGCCCCGACAGCAUCACAGCAGCCGAGGGGGACAUCAUCCUCUUUCGCUUCGACAGCACCCACGACGUCGUCGCUGGCGACUUCCAGAAGCCCUGUCAGCCGGCCUCCAGCGGAGGAUUCUACUCGGGCACGCUGCCGGCGGGAGGCAAGUCCUCGUUUUCCAUCACCGUCAACAACACCGACCCCAUCUUCUACUACUGCAGCAUCAGCAACCACUGCCAGGACGGCAUGGUCGGCGUCAUCAACCAAGGCCAGGGGCUCGAUACCCUCGAUGCCUAUCGCAGCGCGGCAGCUAAAACGACGUCCAGCACCGCCCCCAACACUGCCUUUGGCGGUACCGAGCCUUCUUCGACCAAAAGUAGCACCACUAGCAGCUCAAAAACUGCCUCGACCACUACAUCAGGCGCAGCUGCAGCGACGUCGACGCAGCCAGCAUCGGCCGAACGCGUCGCCGGCACUCUGGUGGUUGUGUCAUCACUCGCUUUGCUGAUGGCCGCCUUGCUGGCGUUUUAG